CUGUCAGCUGUGCAGGCAAAGAAAAUUCGGGAGGAAUUUAUAUCUUAAAUUAAAACAGCCAAGUUAUUGUUUAUGCAGAAAUUUCAACGUUUGUUAUUAAAAAACUAAAAACAAUACUUUAAUAUAGAGAAUAAUAUGCAACGUUAUAUACCACAAGUGUUGUAAUUUAAAUAUAUAAAAUCGUUGAAGUGCUAAUCACUAUAAAAUAAUCUCUGGCGCAGAGUAAUUUGAAAGUCAUUCCGAAAAGUAAAAUUUGAAGUGCGUAAAACCAAAAAUUGCAUAAUUAAAAUUACAGCACCGAGAAUUUAUUAAGCCAUAUUUACAGUGUGGUUGUAGGCACGAAAAAUGGUUUAGAUUAAAAACGGAGGGUGAACAAAAUCGGAAGUAAAAUUUUGUCCAGUUUAUAGCAACUAGGAAAUAAUCAACUUAUAGCAUCUAAGUAAAACAACAUCAAGAAAAAACAAGAUGCUCUACUGUCCGCCGAAUGUAACAUUUUCGCAAAUUUGGAUAAACAAUGGCAUAUCACAUUGUUUUAUGGACACAAUUGGCAAUGGGGUGGCAAGUGGUUUUAUGCUGCUCAUGGGCACAGUACAACUACUAAUGUAUCGCAAAUAUGCCACACGCAAUGAUCCGACGCAUAUCACCAAAUCGCGCUUAUACGCUUUGCAGCUCUUUCUAUUAUUCUUCUUUCCUAUAUUGGCAUUAGUAAGAUUCCUCUUAAAUGCACGUGUCUACCCAGAUCAUGCAGUUUAUGGAUAUAUGAUACUCUCAACUGUACUUAUUUGCAUAUCAUAUCCUUUCUCAGUUUGUGUUAUACUGAAGGAACGCUUCUAUCAGCUGCCAUCACUACCGACGCGAGGUCAUGGCCUCAUAUUAUUACUAUUUUGGACUUUGGGUUUUAUCAAUGAAUCACUGGCAUUCAUAAACCUGCGACAUGAAGAUUGGUGGUUCACACUUAAAACCAAUAAAGAUCAAGUGGAAAUGGCUUUAUUCGUUACGCGCUUUAUAACCUCACUAUUGAUUUUCAUAUUGGGUCUUAAGGCACCUGGUAUUAUGCGGCCUUAUGUGCAUCUCGAGGAACCAUCCAAUGCGAGCAACAAUAAUACAGAGCAGGGUUCCGCUUUUCGUAAUGCCUUUAAGAAAUUGGCUAAACUAUUUCCCUACAUGUGGCCCAAAAAAGACGUGAUGUUACAAUUAUCUGUUGUUGUCUGUGUAUUAUUGCUAAUUGCUGGACGCGUUAUUAAACUAUUUUUGCCAAUCUAUCGCAAAAAGCUGGUGGAUAGCCUCACCAUACCGCCUAUACUCUUCCGUUGGGAUUUCGUACUCGUCUAUGUUGCAUUAUCCUUUGUACAAGGCGGUGGCACUGGCACUAUGGGACUUUUCAAUAAUUUACGUUCUUUCCUGUGGAUACGCGUGCAACAGUAUACAACGAGAGAAAUUGAAGUCGAUCUAUUCAGUCAUUUGCAUCAGCUCUCACUGCGUUGGCAUCUACAACGCAAAACUGGCGAAGUUUUACGUGUUAUGGAUCGUGGCACAGACUCCAUUAAUAAUUUAUUAAACUACAUUAUCUUUUCGAUUACGCCCACUAUUGUCGAUUUGCUUGUAGCUGUGGUUUUCUUCAUCUACGCUUUCAAUUGGUGGUUUGGACUCAUUGUGUUUCUCACAAUGUUUUUGUAUAUUUUGGCCACCAUUUUGGUUACCGAAUGGCGCACUAAGUAUCAGCGUCGCAUGAAUUUAGCCGAUAAUGCACAGCGUGCACGCAGUGUUGACUCGCUAUUGAAUUUCGAAACUGUAAAAUAUUACGGCGCUGAACAGUAUGAGGUUGAGGAAUACCGGCAGGCCAUCGUAAAAUAUCAGAAAGAGGAAUUCCUCUCCAUGCUGACACUCAACUUACUUAACACCUCUCAAAAUAUUAUACUCUGUCUCGGCUUGCUCUGCGGCUCAAUGCUGUGUGUCUAUUUAGUUGCGCAUCAUCAGACGCUCACCGUCGGUGACUUUGUACUCUUCUUCACCUACCUUAUGGAUCUUUAUAUGCCGCUCAAUUGGUUUGGCACCUACUAUCGUGCUAUACAGAAGAAUUUCGUCGAUAUGGAGAACAUGUUCGAUCUGUUGAAGGAGGAUCAGGAAAUUUUUGAUGCACCUGGUGCUGCACCACUUAUCACCGCUGGUGCGGGCAUUGAAUUCUCGAAUGUAACUUUUGGUUACUCACCCGAGAAGAUUGUAUUGCGCAAUGUGAGCUUCAGCGUGCCACCGGGUAAAACUGUCGCCAUUGUUGGACCAUCUGGCGCGGGUAAAAGCACAAUUGUACGUUUACUCUUCCGUUUCUAUGACGUACAAUCCGGUGCGGUGCUAAUCGAUGGACAGAAUAUCAAAUUAGUGCAGCAGCAGAGUUUGAGAAAGGCAAUUGGCGUGGUGCCACAGGACACUGUACUCUUCAAUAACACGAUUUUCUACAACAUUGAAUAUGGCAAGAUUGGCGCACGCGCCGAUGAAGUGUACGAGGCUGCGCGCUUGGCCGAUAUACAUGAACGGAUUUUGGGCUUCCCCGAACGCUAUGAAACGAAAGUGGGUGAGCGUGGCUUACGUCUAAGCGGUGGCGAGAAACAACGUGUUGCCAUAGCGCGCACGCUGCUCAAAGCGCCGGUGUUGGUGCUGCUCGAUGAGGCCACGUCGGCGCUCGACACCAAUACCGAACGAAAUAUUCAAGCGGCCUUAUCGCGUGUUUGCGCCAAUCGCACGACAAUUGUAAUUGCGCAUCGUCUCUCCACAAUCAUAAACGCCGAUGAGAUACUCGUGCUUAAGGAUGGCAACAUCGCCGAACGUGGACGACAUGAGGAGCUGCUGCAACAUAAGGACGGCGUUUACGCCGAGAUGUGGAUGCAACAGCUCAAGAACUUGGAAAGUGAUGGAGAGGGAGAAAAGAAUGUGACAAAGAAAGACAAACCUCCAGCGGAAGACGGUAGUAGUGGCAUUAGUGCCGUACUGCGCGCCGGGCAUGCGCACGGUGGUGCGCGCUAAAGCCGUUAUGGCGGAUAAAAAAUUACAAGUGCUUAUGAAUGGUUAUAGACUUUUCUGUGUUUAUUUUUUCAAACCAUAUACUAUAUACAUAUAUAUUUAUUGUUUUCAAAAUAUGCAUGUUUGUACAAGUACAUAUGUGGCAUACACGAGUCGGCCUGUUUACAUGUAUAAAAUUGUUAUGAAUGGUGUAAUGGAAUGUAUUUAAACUGUAACGCGUAUUGCAGUUCGUGGUUUGUACAAUGAAAACUAGAGAUCUAGAGAUGUGUAGCAAGACGCUACUUAAAAUAUAUAGUAUAAUAGUAAUAAAAUAAUAAAAAAAUUCAA